AUGGCUCUUGUUAUCGGAGACGCUAUCCUUUCAGCUACAAUCAGCCAUAUAAUCAACCAGUUAGGCUCUCUGGAGCUACUCAAGUUCGCUCGCAGAGGAAAAAUCCACUCUGAUAUCAAGAAACUCGAGGCAAAUUUGCAUAUGAUCCAUGCUGUUCUUGAUGACGCAGAGGAGAAGCAGAUGGGAAGCCAAGCUGUCAAACUCUGGCUUGAUCAGAUCCGUGAAUUGGCCUAUGAUAUCGAAGAUUUGCUCGACGAGGUUUUCACUGAGCUUGAAGAGGAACAACGAGCUAGCUCAAGUAAGGUGAAGAGCGCCAUGCACUGGUUCUUUCCCUCUUUUAAUGCUAAUUUUCUCUUAACAUACAAAACGGACCCCAAGAUUAAGAGAAUUCUUGCUAGAUUGCAAGAAAUUGCUCAAAAGAAGAAUAAUCUUGAGCUUAGAGAGAAUGGCAGUGGAGGGGUGUUGAAGAGUAAGUCAUUGAAAAGAUUGCCCAGUACUUCUUUAGUGGAUCUUUCUUAUGUUUCUGGUAGGGAUAAUGAUAAAGAGGAAAUCUUGAAGUUGCUUUUUAGUGAUAAAGGGUGUGAUGAGUACGGGAUUGGUGUGAUUCCUAUUGUAGGUAUGGGUGGUGUGGGUAAGACCACUCUUGCUCAGCUUGUCUACAAUGAUGAGAAAGUAGAUGCUUUUUUCGAUUUGAAAGUUUGGUGUUGUGUUUCCGAGGACUUUGAUGUUGUUAGGGUUACGAGAACUAUUCUUGAGGCAGUUUCGGGGAGUUACGAUGCGAAGGAUUUGAAUCUGCUUCAACUUAGGCUGAGAGAGAAAUUGGCGGGGAAGAAGUUUCUUAUUGUUUUAGAUGAUGUUUGGAAUGAGAACUAUGAUGACUGGACUGUCCUUCGCCGUCCUUUCCAAGUGACAUCCCCAGGGAGUAGAAUCAUCCUCACAACUCGUAAUCAAGAUGUUGCAUUAAUGAUGAGUGCUUUUCCGUGUUACCUUUUGAAAGAACUGUCAUUUGAGGAUAGCCUGUCUUUGUUUGCAAAGCAUGCACUGGGAAGGUCCAAUUUCAGCGAUCUGCCAGACCUGCAGGAGAUCGGCCAGAAAAUAGUUCGAAGGUGCGGGGGACUGCCAUUGGCUGUUAAAACACUGGGGGGCCUCUUGCGCACCAAACCUUAUGUUGAUGAAUGGGAAACUGUACUUAAUAGCAAAAUGUGGGAUAUAUCAGAACACAAGGGCGGCAUAGUUCCAGCCUUGAGGUUGAGCUACUAUCAUCUUCCUUCAUAUUUGAAGCAAUUGUUUGUUUUUUGUUCUAUACUUCCAAAAGACUAUGAAUUCUAUAAGGAUGAAUUAGUGUUGUUAUGGAUGGCCCAAGGAUUUCUGCCAAAUGCAAGAGGAAAGAAGCGGAUGGAAGACUUCUAUUCUUGUUUUAAUGAAUUAUUAUCAAGAUCGUUUUUCCAGCAAUCAAGCAGCAAUGAACAACGUUAUCUGAUGCAUCAUCUUAUCAGUGAUCUGGCUCAAUCUAUUGCUGGAGAAACGUGUGUCAAUUUAAAUGAUAAGCUGGAAAAUAACAAGGUCUUUCCUGUUCCUGAAAAGAAUCGCCAUAUGUCAUUCACUCGUCGAACAUACGAGGUGCUGCAGAGGUUCAAAGACCUGGGUAAACUGAAGCGUCUGCGGACUUUCAUUGCAUUGCGACUUUACUCUUCACCUUGGGCUGCAUAUUGCUACUUGAGUAAUAAUGUAUUACAUGAGGCACUGUCCAAAUUGAAACGCUUAAGAGUUCUUUCAUUGAGUGGUUAUUGCAUUACAGAGCUACCAAAUUCAAUUGGUGAUUUGAAGCAGUUACGUUACCUUAAUUUCUCUCAAACUAAGAUUAAGCGGUUGCCUGAAUCUGUGAGCACUCUCAUAAACUUGCAGACUCUCAAAUUAUAUGGAUGCAGGAAGCUUGAUAAGCUGCCACAAGGGACUGGGAAUCUUAUCAAUCUUUUUCAUCUGGAUAUUACUGAUACUGAUAAGUUGGCUGAGAUGCCUUCGUGGAUGGGUAAUUUGACAGGUCUUCAGAAAUUGUCAAAGUUCAUCGUAGGAAAAAAAGAGGGCUGCGGAAUUGAAGAAUUGAGAGGGUUGCAGAAUCUUCAAGGCCGACUUUCCAUAAUGGAAUUGCAUAACGUGAUAGAUGCUCGACAUGCAGUUCAUGCUAAUUUAAGCGGCAAGCACAACCUUGAUGAGUUAGAACUGGCAUGGGUUAAGAUUGACAUUAAAGAUAAAGGCCCACAACAUCAAAUGCUUGUUCUGGACUCACUAAAACCUCAUACAAACCUUAAAGAACUAAAGAUUUCAUACUAUGGCGGGACAGAAUUUCCUUCAUGGGUAGGACAUCCAUCAUUUUCUGAAAUAGUGCACUUAAAACUGUCUUCUUGCUGGAAAUGCACUGUAUUGCCACCACUUGGGAGGCUACCUUCACUCAGGGAUCUGUGCAUACAAGGCCUGGAUGCUGUGGAGACUGUUGGUCCUGAGUUUUAUGGAGAUGGUUCUUCAGUCGAGCCUUUUCCAUCUCUGAAGACUUUGACAUUUGAGGAUAUGCAGGAAUGGAAAUCUUGGUCCGCAGCUGGAGUUGAUGGAGAAGCUGAAGGAGAAUUUCCUAGUCUUUCUGAGCUUACAUUAUGGAAUUGUCCCAAGUUGCUUGGCAAGUUCCCUAGCUGUCUUCCUUCCUGUGUAAAGAUUACGAUUGCAAAAUGCCCAAUUUUGGUAGAUUCAGACGAAAAGCUUCCAGUGCUUAGUGAACUGAAAUUAGAAGAAUGUGAUGAGGUGACACCUAAAUGCAUGUUUCGUAACUCCUCCCUAAUCACAUUGAAACUUGGGAGCAUGUCAAGGAUUACUUGUUUGGAGGGCCAGUUUCUGCUGUCACUGGGAGCACUUAAAGUUCUGAUGAUUUCUGAUUUUCCAGAACUAACCUCCUUGUGGCAGAAAGGAACUGGAUUGGAAAAUUUUGAACAUCCUCACUUUGUGUCAUCGACAGAGAAUGGUAUGUCCAGCACACAUAAAAGUUCGAAAUUGUCAGGCUGUGGUAAGCUGGAUCUUCUGCCAAUCCAAAGGGUGCCCAUGCUAUUGUCUCUCGAGGAUCUGUGCAUUGAAUCAUGUCCAAAUCUUGUGUACAUUCCUGAAGCUGGACUUUUAUCGUCACUGAGACAUCUAGUACUUCGGGAUUGCAAAGCUCUUAGAUCCCUCCCUGAUGGCAUGAGCAAUUGUCUUCUUGAAGACUUGGAGAUAGAAGAGUGUCCUUCGCUCAAAUGCUUUCCAGGAGGGAUGUUACCUGUGACGUUAAAAGGGUUGAAGAUUCGAUACUGUACAGAAUUAAAGUCUCUGCCUGAGGAUUUGAUGCACAACAAAAAUGGCCCUGGCACCCUGUCUCGUUUUGAGCACCUGGAGAUCAUUGGCUGUCCAUCUCUCAAGUCCUUUCCUGAUGGGAAAUUACCACCUCGACUCAAGACACUAAAAAUCUGGGAUUGUUCCCAAUUGAAGCCUCUUUCAGAAAUGAUGUUGCAUGAUGAUAUGUCCCUUGAAUACCUAGCCAUUUCAGACUGCGAAGCCCUGUCAAGCUUUCCUGAGUGCCUUAGCAGCUUCAAGCAUCUCUCUGAAUUAAAUUUAAGUAAUUGUUCUGCACUCAAGCACUUUUCAGGAGUUGGCUUUUCCCUCGCUAACCUCAGAACGUUGACUUUAUACAAUUGCAAAAAUCUCAAGUCUCUACCUAAUGCGAUGCAAAAACUCACAUCCCUGCAAGAACUGACAAUUUGUAGCUGCCCAGCUCUGGAAUCCUUUCCAAAUGGUGAUAUGCCUCCAAACUUGACAUCGCUUGAGAUCUGGGAUUGUGAUCGUCUCAAUGGGUGCCUGUCAGAGUGGAACUUGCAAAGUCUAGCCUUCCUCAGAGAUUUCAGUAUCGCUGGUGGAUGUUUUUCGGACACAGUUUCCUUUCCAGAUGAGAAGUGUCUGCUUCCUACAACCCUAACUUCUGUUUGGAUUGGAAGACUUCCAAAUCUGGAAUCUCUAUCCAUGCAGCUCCAAAGCCUUGCUUAUCUAGAAGAGCUAGAAAUUGUUGAUUGUCCUAAAUUAAAGUCCUUGCCUAGGGGAUGCCUACCUCAUGCUCUUGGAAGAUUCAGCAUCAGGGACUGUCCGUUAAUGACACGGCGCUGUUCCAAGGAGAAAGGAGUGUACUGGCCAUUGAUUUCCCACAUCCCUUGUGUGGAGAUAGAUGAUGGCCAUGACAUGUAA